AUGCCUCCGCCCCCGCCGCGCAAGAUGCUUCCGCCUCCGUCACGCAAGAUGCUGCCUCAACGCUUGGAGGAAGUUAUGGGUCAGAAAAUUUCUCAUGAAAGGGUUAAUAGCGAGCAUAUAUCAUAUGAUCUGUAUGAGCAGGAGGAAGAAAAACAUGAGGAAGUUGAUGUGGAUUAUAUGGAUGAGGACGACACAAAUGUGGAACCAAUGUUCGAUUAUCACGGUUUCGAUGAAGGGUAUAACAUUGACUCACUCGAAGACAUUGGGAUGAUUGAAUUUGGGAACAUCAGGGAUGAAGAUGUAUGUCAUUUUCACUUUUCUGAUGUCGACAUUGUAUUUGAGUUCUACAAUAGAUAUGCAAGGACAAGAGGCUUUAGUGCUCGGAAGAACAGGACUAGGAAGAGUCGUGCGGGCAUACUUAAGUUGAAGAAUUUUCGUUGGGCAGAUAUAUUGGCAUUAGCAAAUCAGGCAGGUGGCUACGAGUAUCUCUCUUUCACGCAAAGGGACAUGUACAAUAAAAUAGCAAAGCAGAGGCACCAAUUACCCGGUGAUGCAUAUGCAGCUUUGAAGUAUCUAGAAGAUCAAGCAAUAAAUGACCAUUCUCUCUAUUUUAAUAAUCACAUGGAUGCCGAUGGUACUCUGCACAAUUUAUUCUGGUGCGAUGGUCUUAGUAGGGCAGAUUACUUAUUAUUCGGUGAUGUGCUGGCUUUUGAUGCUACCUAUAAGAGGAAUAAAUAUAUGUGUCCAUUGGUGGUAUUUUUUGGUGUCAAUCAUCACAAUCAAACAAUUAUCUUUGCUGAUGCUUUAAUUUGCGAUGAGGAAAAAGACAUGUAUAGGUGGUUGCUACAACAACUGAAGGUGGCAAUGAAUGGAAAAGCACCUGUUUCGGUUAUCACAGAUGGUGAUCUAUCAAUGAAGUUCGCCAUUGAGAAAGAGUUUCUUAAUGCACAUCAUAGAUUAUGUGCAUGGCAUCUGAUUCGUAAUGCAACAAAUAACAUUGGCAAGCCCCAGUUUACCUCUAUGUUUAAAAAGUGUAUGCUAGGAGACUAUGAAAUGGAUGUAUUUCGCCAAAAGUGGUUUGAAAUGGUUGAGGAAUUUGGUGUCGAAAACAAGAAUUGGGUCUUAGAUAUGUAUAAAAAGAGACAUUCAUGGGCAACUGCACAUAUAAGAGGAAAGUUUUUUGCUGGUUUUCGGAAUACUUCUCAGUGCGAGGGAUUAAACUCAAUCAUUGCAAAGUAUAUCAAUUCAAGGUAUAAUUUGGUUGAGUUCAUUCAACACUUUAAUCGAUGUGUCGACCAUAUAAGGUGGAAAGAGGUCCAGGCUGACCUUGCAUCUGUGAAUGGGAGACCCAGUAUACAAACCUGUUUUCAACAGUUAGAAAGGAGUGCUGCCAAUGUUUACACCUUAUCAAUAUUUUAUAUGUUCCAACCAAUUCUUGUACGGGCUGCAUCAAUGAAAGUAAUAAGUAUGAGGCAAACUGGCUCUUAUGUGAUUUACUUUGUCGGUUUGGACCAAACGCCAAAUGAAAUGUGGCGUGUAUUCUGUUGUGACAUUGAGAUGAAAUUCAAUUGUUCAUGUAUGAGAAUGGAAUCAUUUGGCAUACCUUAUGAACACAUAGUUUUGCGUCUUGGUGCAUGA